UGCCAAGUUUAACAGUAAUGAUAAAUUCCUAACCGCUUGGAAUUAGUUUCUGUAUUACAUUGCAUGCUACAAUUGCUUUUUUAGAUCAAUUUCAUUUUCUUAUGAUACAAUAAAUUGCUUCUUAUCUUUCAUGCUCUAUGUUCUGCUACGUGGUGUUUUUGUUGGUACAAAACUGACCUAAUUUUUCCAAAUUCAACAUUAUGAAAUAUUGUGGGUAUCAUUACCGAGGUUUGAUUUGAUAAUUUCGAAUAAAUGGAGCAUUGGGUUGAUUGUUAUAAAUAAAAAUAAUAUAUUUGUAAUAUCCCAAUGGGUAGAAAAUGAGAUUUUCUGACGUUUCGUGACUUAGUGUAAGUCACUUCUUUAGAGAAUAAAUAACUAAAUGAGAUAUUCUUAAUUAAUUUUUAAAUAAUAUUAGGUACAUGUAAGUCGGCGUUUCCAACUAUUUUGAAGAUGACUGUUUCAAAAAACAUGCUUGUUAUUUUUGUUUUCCUCUUCCUCGACGUCGUAACUGUGAGUAUGAUCCUACCAUGGAUGCCUUCUCUUUUAGAAACAUACGAGUCUGAAAAAGAAUGGUUUUAUAUUUUGUCCAAAAAAUAUAUCCAACACCUGGGUUUUUUUCUGGGGUUUCAAGAAGGUUCUACAUGGGACAGAGUAUUCAUUGGAGGCCUUCUAUCGUCAUUAUCAUCCUUGAUGCAAUUUGUAUCGUCGCCUGUAGCCGGAGCUUUAUCAGACUAUUUUGGCAGAAAGUCGGUCUUAAUUGUCCUUCAGGUAUCGCUUAUAAUUGUUAAUGUUCUCUGGUCAGUGUUGGGUAAGUCAUUUCUGUGGCUACUGAUGUAUCGUGUAUUAUGUGGUGCUGCACGAGCAAAUGUCGGUGUUGUAUCAGCACUUGUUGGCGAUAUCAGCAGUGAUACGUUGCGUACUAAAGGAAUGGCGGUUGUUGGCCUGGCUUAUGGUAUCGGAUUCACUGUAGGACCACCAUGCUCAGUUAUCUUACUUAACCAGUGGAAAGUACAUACAUCGACUGAAUACUUGAGCUGUAUAUUGGGUUCUACGUGUUUGCUUCUUAAUUGUAUAAAUCUAUUAAUUUUGAUUUUUGCUCUGCCGAGUACAUUACAAAAGGGCGGAGAUAUCGGUCUAUUAAUCAACCAAGCAGUACGUUUGAUAAAUCCGGUGAAGUUGUUUUCACUAACUGGCACAACGAAAUGUCCUAAAUAUGAAAAAUCUUUGCGUCAUUUGGCAUACUUUUGGUGCUGCUACUUGUGCGUAUACUGCGGAAUUGAAUAUACAAUACUGUUUUUGGCUAGAAUCCGCUUUAAUUUCUCAAGCUCUGAUCAAGGCAAAAUGUUCGGCUUUAUUGGGCUAAUAAUGAUUCUAGUUCAAGGCUGCUUUAUACGUAGUUUCAAACUUGGUGGAGAAGACAAAGCCAUUACAUGGAGUUCUUGCUGUUUGAUUUUGGCGUCUGCCAUUUUCAGUUUCGCCACAAAUAUUUUCGUUUUCUAUAUCGGACUAGCUUUAUAUGCAUUUGCAUCCUCCAUCUUCUUUCCGAGUGUAAACGGUUUGGUUUCUUUGUACACUACUGCAGAACAACAAGGGCAAACGUUGGGUAUAUUCCGUUCAUUAAAUGCAUUGGCUCGUGUCAUGGGUGCGGUGAUUGUUACUACAGUUUUUUGGAUUUAUGGACCCACCAUAACCUAUAUGUUAUGUACUGUCUUUUUAACUUUACUGCUUACUUACAAGAAAAUCACUUUAGUAGUAACUAAAUGUCAGUCAAAACAAACGUACAAGGAGGAGUAAAUCAGCAACAGACCAUCAGGGUAUCCUUUCUCACAAACUGUUGUACAGCUACUGCUAAUCAGGUUUCUUUGUUAUUAAUUGACUCAGAAUACCAUGUACCAUCACCGACAAUUUCCCAAGUAGUUUGAUAAAUGCCAUUGCUGUU